AUGUCAUCAUCUAAUAACAAUAGCAAUAACAAUGCCCAAAAUAGCUCCUCAAACAGAUUACAAAUCCCCGGUUUAAACCCUAACCAAAACCAACAAACAUUAAACCCAAACAAAAAUAAAAGAAAUCAUCUACACAUCGCUCACAGAAGAUCUCCAAGUGAUCUAACCACUUUAAUGAUCGAACAAUUGGCGCUACAAAAACAAUUGGAACUAGUUCAACAGCAACAACAACAAAUCAUUCAACAACAAGCGGUUCAACAAAAUUACAUCUUAAGCCAACAACAACAAAUUAACAAUAACAGUAAUAGCAAUAUUAACAACAUUCACAACAAUUCCUCUAUAAGCUCAAAUCAAAUCCAAAAUCAAUCUCCAGUUCAAAUCCAAAUCCAAAACCCAAACCAAAACCAAAAUCAAAUUCAAAAUCAAAAUAUCAACCAAAACAAAAAAAGAUCUCACAGAAGAUCUCAAUCCUCUUCUAUAAUGGGUUCAAUGGGCUCAAUGGGUUCUUUUAGUAUCCCAAAUUCUUCUUUAAACGUUCCUCCAAUUCAUCAAUUAUCUUCAAACCAUAAACAAUCUUCUUCUUUUUCCAAAAAUCUCCCAAAUAACAAUAACAAUAACAACAAUAGUAAUAAUAACAAUAAUAAUAAUAACAAUAACAACAACAAUUCAAUCAACUUUCAACAGCCACAACAACCCUUUUCUCUUUUACCACCAUCUCCUUCAUCUCAUCAACGUCAAAAAAGUGGCCAUGUUAGAAGACGCUCAUUAGGUGUGACUGAAGCUAAAAAAGCUGCACAAAUUGUUCAAAACCAAAGAAGUGUUUCUGGCGUUAAUAGCAACAUAAAUUCUCCUGCAAGAAUCAAAGAAUUAACCGAUGAAUCUGAAAUCGAUAAUAACUCGGCUAUUCUACCUCCUCCAGGCUUUCAAUUUCCUCCAAAGAACCACUCUCCUUCUCCCUCUAAUAACAACAACAAUUUAUCUAAUAAUAGCUCAAAUAAAUUCAUAAAUAACCAAAAAGCAUUUCAAUUCCCUCCUAUAAACUCUUCUAUUACAAAUGACUCUCUAUUACCUCCUCAACCAAUGUUUGCCGGAAAUUCCCAUCAAAGAUCAACUUCAAACUCUUCUGAUUCAACUGGUCGUACCCCAACUCAUAGCCGUAAUAAUAGUUCCCUUCAUGAAAGAAAGCCUUCUGGCCAUUUUAGAAAUAAUAGCAGAAAUUAUGACAAUUCAAAUAUCAAUUCAAAUUGGAGAUCUCAACAACAGCCAAGAUUAUCUAAUUCUCAAUCCUUAGAAUAUGCUAAUACCCUUGAAACUUCCAAUUUUGUUCCUGGCCAUAGAGGCAAAUCUUCUUUUAGCGGUUCUUUUUCCUCAAUUUCUUCUUUCCAAAAUUUUCAAAUUUCAAAUUUCCCAAACCAAAAUCAAUUUGUUUCAAAUGUCACAAACCAAAAUGCUUCUGGCCCCCAAAGAAAAUCUUUAUUUGCUCCCUAUUUACCUCAAAAUUUCUUACCCGAACUAAUUAAUAACGGAAGAUUAGUAACUGGUACUUUGCGUGUAAAUAAAAAAAAUAGAUCUGAUGCUUAUGUUUCCACAGAUGGUUUAUUAGAUGCUGAUAUUUAUAUUUGUGGAUCAAAGGACCGUAAUAGAGCUUUAGAAGGUGAUUUGGUAGCUGUUGAAUUACUUGUUGUCGAUGAAGUUUGGAACAGUAAAAAAGAAAAAGAAGAAAAAAGAAAAAGAAAAGAUUUUGGUAUAUCCAAUAGCAUUCCAGGCGAUGACUUACAUAAUGAUGCAAGUACUACUGGUGCUUCAUUAAAUAGUAACGACAUCUCUAUUGAUUCAAUGGAUACAAAUUCAACAACUAACGGCGGCUCAAUCUCUGGAACUACUAUUGAUAACUUAUCUGGUGUUCCAAGACCAUUAAAAAGAAGAGGUUCUCUUAAACAAAGACCAACUCAAAAGAAGAAUGAUGAUGUUGAAGUUGAGGGACAAUCAUUAUUAUUAGUUGAAGAAGAAGAAAUUAAUGACAAUUAUAAGCCUUUAUUUGCAGGUCAUGUCGUUGCUGUCAUCGAUCGUAUUCCUAGUCAAUUAUUUGCAGGUACUCUUGGUUUAGUUCGUCCUUCUCAACAAUCUAAAGAUAAUUCCAAUCUUAUUAAUAAACCUCCUAAAAUUGUUUGGUUCAAACCAACAGAUAAAAAAGUUCCAUUGAUUGCUAUUCCAACUGAACAAGCACCUAAAGAUUUUGUUCCAAAUCAUGAAAAAUAUUCAGAAAAACUAUUUGUUGCUUCAAUUAAACGUUGGCCAAUUACUUCAUUGCAUCCAUUUGGUACUUUGGUAAGUCAAUUAGGAUCUAUUGAUGAUCCAAGAACUGAAAUCAAAUCUAUCUUAAGAGAUAACAAUUUUCUUUGCGAUGAAUUUCCGGAUGUUGGAGAACGUUCAGGUCCCAAAGAUCUUGUAUUAUUCAAUGAUCUACCAAAGUUGGAAGACGAAUUAAAGAAUCCUGAAAGAAAAAGAUUUGAACAUGAAUAUGUUAUUGGUUUAACACCGACUGGUGAAAUUUCAGAUAGUGCCAUUCAUAUUGAAAGAUUAGAUGAUGAUAAAAUUGAAAUCGGUAUUCAUGUUGCCGAUGUCACACAUUUUGUUAGAGCUGGAACCCUUCUAGAUAAGAAAAUUAAAAAGAGAAAUGUUUCAGUUCAUUUAAUUCAAAAUGUAGUCAAGAAUUUAUUACCUCCAAAGAUUAAUGAAUUAAUUAGUUUCAAUGAGGGGCAAGAAUCGUUAGCAUUAUCGACCAUUUUUCAAAUUGAUACUAAUAGUUUUGAAAUUGAUGAUGUUUGGAUCGGAGAAAGUGUUAUUGAUCCAAAACAAGUGAUUACAUAUGAUGAAAUCGAUAACAUAUUAUCGAGUAAUGAACUUGAUGAAGAAAUUUCAUCAGCCACUUCUGAUUAUAUUAAAACUUUAUCAUUUAUCUCUAAAGAAUUUAGACGUCAAAGAUUAAGAAACAAUCGAUUAGAAAAUACUCCGGUAUUAACGUUGCUUGAUCAAUUUGACGAAGAAAAAAUCCGAUUAGAUUUAAACAUUUUUAAUAAUAACUUGGCAUAUUCAAUAAUUGAUGAAAUCAAUCAUAAAGUGAAUGCUACAGUUGCUCAAAAGAUCUAUGCACAAUUGGGGGACAAGGCAUUUUUAAGAAGAAACCCAAUUCCUACAUUAUCUAAAUUUGAAACAUUUUUAAGAAGAGUUUCAGCAUUAGGGAUCAAACUCGAUGCUACUACAUCAGAUACACUACAAAAUAGUAUUUUAGAUAUUGGUGAUGAUACUAGUAGAAAAUGUGUUGAAACCCUUUUAAGUAAAUGUAUGAAUAGAGGAAAAUACUAUAUUGCAGGAAAAGUUGAUUCCGAUAUGUAUGGACAUUAUUAUUUCAAUUUGCCAUUGUAUACACAUUUUACAGCCCCUUCAAAGAGAUAUGCUGAUUUGAUUGUCCACAGACAAGUUAAAGCUGUAUUAAGAGGAGAAAGUGAUUUUAAAGAAGAAAUUGAGUCACUAAGAAUGACAGCGGAAUAUUGUAACUUUAAGAAAGAUUGCUCAAAGAGUGCACAAGAUCAGUCAGUUCAUUUAUUGUUAAGCCAGACUAUUAAUUCCAUGAGUGAAAAAACCGGACAAUUAUUAUGCAUGGGUACCGUUUUGCAAGUUUAUGAGUCAUCAUUUGAUGUUUUAAUUCCUGAAUUGGGUAUUGAAAAGCGAGUGCAUGGAGAUCAACUUCCAUUGAUUAAAGCUGAAUUUGACAAGGAGAAGAAAGUUUUGGAGCUUUAUUGGGAAAAGGGAGUUGAUUCAGCUACAUUUAUUCCACAAGAUGAGCAACAACCAUUGUCAUACCGUACAUCUAUUAAAAACAAGUUUAGAACUUCUACAUUGGAAGCUGCAUCAUAUCAAAAGAAGACCAAAUUAUCAAAGAGACAAAUUGGAUCGGAGGAAUUGAUUGAAAAACUAUCGAAAUUGAAUUUAUCAGUUCCAAAGAUUCGAUUGCCAGAUGAAUCGCUUGGAGGCAGCUGCAAGGAUUUGUCAGCAUCUCAAAGUUUACCAAACUCGCCAACUAGAUCAGAUAUAGCCAAUGGUAAGCCACAAAGGAGUUCAUCAGGUAUAUUUGAUGAAGAGGGUCUCAAUAGUAGUGGUUAUAUCAACAGUGUAGGACCAUUAAAGCCAUAUUUAAAGAAUGUUAUCACCAAAAUAGAUGGUGGAUAUUAUAUUCAAGAAAUCCAUGAAUUGAAGCAAGUACCAAUUUUGUUGAGAGCUGAAAUUGGUAUGGCACUACCAUGUUUAACAGUUCGUGCAGUAAACCCUUUUGCUUAUACUAAAUAA